AUGCAGACCCAGUUCUCACUCCGGCAGCCAGGUCGGGGUCGUCUUUCUGGUCCGCACACAGCAGCAGAGUUAGCACAACCAGUGGCAGCAGCCGUGUGUGCAGUGGGCCACGUCCUGUGCCAGAAUCUGACAAGGAAACCAAGGCGGAUCUAUCCCUGCCUGAAGAAUGGGAGACCAGGCUGGCAAAUACUAUGA